AUGAGCAAGCGAAGGCCCGUAGAGGAGGCUAUUGAAGCUUCCCCAGUAAAGAAACUGCACAUAGACUGUGCUCCUCAGUACGACGAUGGUGAUGACGACUUUACACCGUCCGAAUCACCGAGCUCAAUGGCAGACGCCGAGUCACCUGCAACCGUAGCAACUACGCCAAGAGCCAAGUUCCCGUCAGACCUCAAAACUCUAGCCUGCACAUGGCCAGGGUGUACCAAGGCAUUCAACCGGCCAGCCAGACUCCGAGACCACCUCAACUCACACACCAAUUCCCGCCCAUUCAAGUGCCCCUAUGAUGACUGUGAUAAGGACUACAUAGAGGAUAAACACCUGAAGCAGCACAUUAAAGCAGCACACACAAACGAACGCAAAUACGCCUGCCAAGUCCCGGGCUGCGGCAAAAGCUUCGUUACAGGCACCAGAUUGAAGCGCCACCAGGCCGUUCACGAAGGCGCCGAACGAUUCCGCUGCAAAGACUGUGGACAGAGCUUCCGAAAAAGAGAAACUCUCACAAAGCAUGUGCGCAAAGAACACCUACACAUCCGGGCAUACGCCUGUUCUGAGCAAGACUGCACAGAGUCAUUCGACUCGAAGCCGGCGUUGAAACGCCACCGGGAGAAGAUACACGGAGAAAUCAAAUACUGGUGUGGAGAGUGCGGCCUGAAAGCAGAAGAAGACGGCACACAAACCCGCGUGGGAUUCACGACUGAACUGCUCCUCCACGCCCACCUGAAGAAGGAACACCAAAACUGUCUCUUCUGCGACUUCAAGCCCUCAUCACGCUGGGAGCUUGACCAGCACGUAGACAUGUACCACUCCGGAAAGACCGUCAAGGACCGCCAGACACACGCCUGCACCCACGAGGGCUGCAACAAGAAAUUCACCAAAAAGUCCAACCUCAAGGCCCACGUCCGCUCAGCCCACGAAGGCUUCCGCUUCGUAUGCGGCGACGUGACGCCCUCGGGGCCAGAGUUCGCAGCCUGGACCAACGACCAAGGCUGCGGCGCCAAGUUUAGCACCAAGGUCCGCCUCGACGACCACAUCCGCUUCAUCCACCUCGGCCACGAGCGCCCCAAGUUGCCCAAGCCAGGCAGCCCCAGCGAGAGCCCGACCGCCUUCAUCGACGAGAUUUCCGGCCUCGCAAACCAAGCCAAGCACACUGUGUUUUGCCCCGACUGCAACGAGGGGUUCAAACGCUACCACGAUCUCCAAGUCCACCUGUCUCAUGGCCACCAGCAGCCCGACCCGCCAAGUCACUCUGCCCCCUUCCUGCACCUGGAUGACGGGGACGAUGAAUUAUCCUUAGGGAGAGAGGAGUUCCACGCCUCGUGGCCCGAGGACACGGCGCAGGAUGAAAUUUUUGCCGCCCAGAUGGACUACGGCCCCCCAAAGGACGAGUGGCUUGAGGAUGAGGCCAACAUUAUGCUGUUGGCGCGUGACUCAUCGCACGAGGAGCACAUUGAUCCUAAUCUUGCUAGAUUAUAG